UCGAAAAAAAAAAAUAUUCUGAACAAAAGUGCUGAUUGAAAAUUAAUCGAAAUGUUAAAAUAACAAAGAGAAAGUUGAAUAAUUAAAAUAAAAACUAAUUUCAUAUUUGCGUUGGUCGAAAUUUGAGACAAAAAAAGAGCGGUAAUUUCAAGGGGGUCGAACGAAAAAAACAAAAACAAAAAUAAAUAAAUCUGUUAGAACCAAAAUGGAAUCAACAGCCGCUGUGGUGUUAUUGUUCUUGUGCGUUGCACAUAUCGCUGAAAUCAGUGCCAAAACCAAUACAGCCGGCAUCAACGAUAGCGGCAGUUUAAAUAGUGAUUUUAACGAAUUAUCUUCCAACGAAUUAUCAACCGAAAUUGACAAUUGCCGUGAAGCAUGUUUACAAAAGUUUUCAUUGGACGCAGCAACGUGUUCCGAGGCACCUGUUUGCAUAGAGUGCUGGGAAACAUGCAAAAGUAUAUCGUCGCAUCAACAGGCAAUCGGUCAAAAUCAAUGGCAAUUACGAAUUGCAUCGAUGAUUAAACAAGAAUUUCUUGUUGCAACGCAUUUGGCAUGGGAACCAACAAAUCAACUCAUCAAUUGUCUUGUGACAUGGGAGGUCUUUGGCGGCGGUCUAAUGGGUAAUCUAUUGACCGAUUCAGCUAAUGUCGAAUUAUCCCUCUGGCCAGAUACCAAAUAUAAAGUCCAAGUCACGUGCAAAAACAAAGACUCCGGUAUAACAGUGAAGUCAUAUCCUUUGACAGUAGACACAACUCAAGCAAUUAAAAUGAAACCCGAAUCGUCGUCGUCAGAAACUGAAGAUGGUCCUAAUGAGCUGUCAACAAAUGAAGACCAACAAUGGUUGAACAAUGGUCCAAACUAUCAUCGCACAUACAUUAGCAUCCAUGAUGCUGAGUAUCGUUACAAGUCACUGAUGUUGGGCAUGUGCGCCGGAAUCAUUGCUUUCCUCUUUAUUUUGACGGUAUUUUGUGCGAGCAGACGAAACGACGACAAAACUCGUGAUUCGCAUCCCGAACAAAUGAACAGUGGUCUGCUCAACGAAGUCAUCACCAUUCGCAGUUAGAUUGUCACAAUGUAAUUUCAUUUAUAUUUCGCCGGAAAUGAUUAAGAUCUUUGUUUUUAAGUUUAAGCAUUUUGGUCGUUAUUUUGAACUAAGGCUCGUUCUUACUUCAUUAAAUAAUUUUUACCAUGUUUUUAAAUAAUGUCAGAAUUUUAAAAAAUUUCAUAUUAAUUUUCUUGAUUCGUCGCCAUAACUUAACAAAAUGAACCAAAAAACCACCACCCAUUUCGUUCGAGGUUUAUUUUGUCAAACACUUUUGUAUUAUUUAAACGAUUCCGUCGAUUUCGAAUCAAUGUUGAGAAAAAGCCGACACUUUGUACAAAAUACAAAAAACAUCAACAAGAAAUACGGAGAAUGAAGAAUCUUUUUAGUAAUUUCAAACGUUUCGAUGUUAGCAAUUAAGAUUUCAUUCAUAAGAUAAGAUGAUUUAAUGAUUAGAGAGAGAGCGAUAAUAGAAAGAUAAUGAGACAGUAUAAAUAGUUCCACAUAUAUGGAAAACAAUUUCAUUCGUGUAAAUAGCAAUAAAUGUAUAAAAUCUAGUCCGUUAAUUUUGUGUAAAAUAAAAUAUUAAAAUUAAAGAAUUAAAUGCGUUAAGAUUAAAUAAUUUAUUAUCGAUGUCAAUAUUAUAAACUAUUUUCAAACCAUCAACUUAUUAAGAAGAACUGUGUGAAUAAUAUUGUUAACGACAAACAACUAAAUCAAUAGAAAGAUGUGAGAAAAAACACACAUUGAUAUGGUGCACGAACUUGCACGUGGUCAAUAUUCAAAAAUAAAAUGUUGAAAAAAGAA